CCGCACGGCCCAGCUCCAGCUGCAGGAUGCCAAACUGGGGAGGAGGGAAGAAGUGUGGGGUGUGCCAGAAGGCUGUGUGCUUCGCCGAGGAGGUGCAGUGUGAGGGCAGCAGCUUCCACAAGUCCUGCUUCCUGUGCAUGGUCUGCAAGAAGAACUUGGACAGCACCACGGUAGCUGUGCACGGGGAGGAGAUCUACUGCAAGUCCUGCCAUGGCAAGAAGUAUGGCCCCAAGGGCUGCGGCUACGGGAUGGGAGCAGGGACCCUGGGCACCGACAAGGGCGAGUCCCUGGGAAUCAAAUACGAGGAGGGCCAGCCCCACCGACCCACCAACCCCAACGCAUCCAAGAUGGCCCAGAAGGUGGGAGGUGCUGAUGGGUGCCCCCGCUGAGGCCAGGCAGUGUAUGCAGCUGAGAAGGUGAUUGGAGCUGGAAAGUCCUGGCACAAGUCCUGCUUCCGCUGCGCCAAGUGUGGCAAGAGCCUGGAGUCCACCACCCUGGCAGACAAAGAUGGGGAGAUCUACUGAAAGAACUUCGGUCCCAAGGGCUUUGGCUUUGGGCAGGGUGCUGAGGCAUUGGUCCACUCGCAGUGAGGCACCAGAGCCAGGCUCUCCUUUGCUCAGGGCUUGUCCGUGCCAGCCUGUGCUGCCU